ACCGUUAUGCACCAUGGGUGGGGGUGGCUCCACGAGACGGCUGAAUCUGUACGUGCUGUCAGCAAUGCAAGAUGAGGGUUACGCUCCUAUCGAGUGGAUCGGUAUAAUCCGGUCCAAUGUGUUGUCGUACUUGACAUUAUGACCAGGCACUUCGUUGAAAGCUAAGAAAGCGCUGUCGUUAAGGGACUUUGACGUCAAGACCUUAAUCGGCACGGGGAUGCUGGGGCACGUGUACGUUGCGCAAUACAAGGGCUCCCGGCAGUACUUUGCGAUCAAGUCGAUGUGGAAAGCCGACGUCGUCGAUCGCAACAUGCUGAAGCACGUCCAAUGCGAAAAGCAAACCAUGGAGAGCCUUCGCCAUCCGUUUCUCAUCAAGUGCUAUGCCAAGUUUCAAACGAGUGACCAGCUCCACUUUGUGCUCGAGUACGUCCCUGGUGGCGACCUCUUCAAAUGGCUACACGAGUUCCAUCGGUUCUACGACCACGAAGCCAAGUUCUUUGCCGCGGAGCUCGUCCUCGUGCUCGAAUUCAUGCACCGCGAAGGCUACAUCUACCGCGACCUCAAACCAGAAAACAUCGUGCUGGACGCGCACGGCCACAUCCGUGUCAUCGACUGCGGGUUUGCCAAGUACGUGGGCAAUCCCGAAGACAACGGCCGAUGCACUACGUCCGUUGGCACCCCCCAGUACCUCGCUCCAGAGCAACUUCGCAAGAAAGACCGCAGCUACACCCAAGCCGUGGACUGGUGGGCCUUUGGAUGUGUCGUGUUCGAACUGCUCAUGGGGCGCACACCGUUCUAUCGGUCACCCAGCGACACGCCGUACGAACUGUACACGCGGGUCGUGCAGGGCAAACUCACGUUUGGCGAUCGGUUCACGCCGCACGCCAAAGACUUGAUCCGUCAGCUGCUUCAGCCGGACCUGGCCAAGCGCCUGGUCGACCCCGUCAAAAUCAAGCGUCACGCGUGGUUUGGGGACGUUGACUGGCAGAUGGUGGAGGCGCUGCGAAUACAAGCCCCCAUCCACCCCCCCUUGCGCAUGGCUGGCGACACUGGCAACUUUACACCGCUUGACAAAGCAACAAAAGCAACACAUAAAUCCAUAUCGGCCGCGAUGGACCGCGAGUUUUCCGAUUUCUAACGCAGCGUGUUUUGUGUUCA